AAAGGGCGUGGGUUCAAAUCCCACAGCUGUCAACAUUUUUCUUUCUUGUUUAUAACUUUUUUUUUCGUUCUACUCUUCGGCUGGGCAGCCCCCCAUAGCCGCGUCGCGCCUGGCGAGAAGCCCCGCGGAGCGAUCGGCCAUGGCGGCUUCCCUCCGAGCGUCGUCCUCCUCCUCCCUCCGCUCGAGCCUCCUCUCCUCCCCCGCCGCAUGGUCUCCCUGGCGCCUGCUCCUCUCCUCCCCCGUCCACUCGGACGCCGCCCACCAGACCGAAACCCUCGCCUUCCACGAGAUCCAGCUCUCCCCGGAGAAGCCGCCCACCGCCACCGCCUUCGUCCUCCACGGCCUCCUGGGCUCCGGCCGCAACUGGCGCACCUUCUCCCGCACCCUCGCCUCCCAGCUCCGCGACCGCUCCCCCUCCGACGAGUGGAAGAUGGUUCUUGUGGAUUUGAGGAACCAUGGGAGCUCAGCCAGGAUCAAAGGGCUGGGCCCACCCCAUGAUAUGUCGAGUGCGGCCAGGGAUCUCGCUGAUUUGGUGAAGGCCCGGGGCUGGACAUGGCCGGAUGUCGUCGUGGGUCACUCCAUGGGUGGAAAGGUCGCACUGGAUUUUGCGGAGAGUUGCUCCCGUGGCGAUUAUGGAGAAUCUGCUGCUCUUCCCAAACAGCUCUGGGUGCUUGAUUCUGUCCCCGGAGAAGUAAAAAUAGAUAACAGUGACGGUGAAGUUGAGCGGGUUUUGCAAACACUAGCAAGUCUUCCUUCAUCGCUUCCAUCGCGCAAGUGGGUUGUGGACCACAUGGUCAGCCUGGGAUUCUCCAAGUCACUUUCAGACUGGAUUGGCAGCAACUUGAAGAAGGACAAUGAACAUGUGACCUGGGCUUUUGAUCUUCAGGCUGCCACAGACAUGUUUAAUUCUUACAGAGAUAGAAGCUACUGGGCACUGCUGGAGAACCCACCAAAGGGUUUGGAGAUCUCAAUAGUACAGGCAGAGCUCAGUGAUAGAUGGCACCCUGAUGAUGUCCAGAGGCUAAAAGCACUAUCAAGGAGAGGCAGAAAACCUGACGUGGGGAAAGUGUCACUCCACGUCCUCCCCAACUCCGGCCAUUGGGUUCACGUGGACAACCCCAAGGGGCUGCUCGAGAUCAUGGCGCCUAACUUCCUCUCCGCUGUUCAAAAUUGACCUGUUAUUUUACUGUCAACUCCAGCCUUGUGACAGUGCAUCUUGUCGCGUUUGAUCACACGAAGGAUACUUAUUCAUGCUCUCUUACUGUGAUUGGAUGAGAGCAUUUUGUGCUUUCUGUUAAUAAAAGUGAUUUGAUUCUA